CCAACCCCCACCAAUGGGGAAGCCACCUUCUUCAUCCCAAACCCAAACCCAAACCCAAACCCGAACCCAUUUCAGCCAUCCACACCCCCUGAAGCUCAUCUCCUCCCCCAAUUCCCAAACCCUAAUUUCAUCAGUCUGUGCAGGAUGCAAGAAGAACUCAUCUGGCCCGAUCUACAUCUGCACCAUUUGCACAACCUUCUUUCUCCACAAGAACUGCUUCGACAUGCCCAAGAAGAUCACCCACCCUUUCCACAAGGCUCAUCCUUUCUUCCUCUUGCCCGACCCGGCCUACGCCGAAGGGAUCUUCAGCUGUGAUGCCUGUCGGGAGCCUGGCAGUGGCUUCUCCUACCACUGCAAACCUUGCGGCAUCGAUCUGCAUAUACUUUGCGCCGCAAUGCCGCUCUCGGUUUCGCAUGCCUGUCACGUGCAUGAGCUUCAUCUUGCUUUUGAGAACCCUUAUGGUGGCAAGGCUUAUAGCUGUGAUAUAUGCAAGAACGAGGGUUCAAGCAAUACAUGGCUUUAUAGGUGCAAUUCUUGUGAAUUCGAUGCUCACUUAAACUGCACAAGAACACUUCAAUCUCCUCACCCACAAAUCAGCAAAAACUUCGAUGCUUUUCCCGCUCAUGGGCCGACGCCGAGCCCCGAAAUGUCAUACUUUAGAUCAGCUCCGCAGCCUCAUCAGGUCCCCAAUGGCGCGCCGCAUUUUGCGCCUCAUCCUCAUCAGCCAAACGUCUUUGCGAAUCCAAACAUCCCGGCCGCGGCAGCUUAUGGAGUUCCCGUCGGAGGAGGACAGGUCGCGCAGCCGUUUGGAGCAAACAGGGAAUAUGAAAUGAUCCUCCAAGCGAUUCAACAAAUGAACAACAACAAUGCAGCAAUGCUACAAGCCGUUAUGGCCGGAGGUUACGGCGGCAAUAGGGGGCCGCAAUACGACCAGAUGAUGCAAAUGAUCGCCGCUUUUAAUAAUGGUGGCGUUGGCGCCACCGGCGGCGCGAUGAACGCUUUCGGAAAUGGUACUGGCCAAUUGCUGCAAAGCUUGAUGAGCAGCGGCGGCGGCGGAGCUUUUGAUGUUUUGCAGAAUUUGAUCGGAGGAGGUGGUGGUGGUCUUGACUUCCUUGGUGGUGCAUUUGGCUUAGGCUGAAUAUAAUGUGUAUAUAUAUAUAUGUAUGUGUGUUCUUUUCUAAUUUAAUUUGAAUUUUGCAAUUUGGUAUGAUUGAACAAUUAAAGCUUUGGAAAUGCUUUUGGAUUGUAAAAAUAUAUAAGUCAUUCAAAUUUAUUCUCACUUUUCUGGUUA